GUAACGGAGUUGCUUACUAUCUAGAAGUGAGUUUUUACUUUUGCAAAGUGCAUUCAUAUAAAAAAAUGGCACGCUUACCGUAUAUUUACCGAGGUUUCAUUGCUCCAGUUUUUACACCGUUCAACUACAGAAAUUCAACUUUAAACUUAUCAAUUAUCCCGAAAUACGCCAAGUAUCUAGUUGAAAAUGGAGUGAAUGGGGUUUUAGUCAAUGGGACGACUGGAGAAGGAGUAUCAAUGUCAGUGUCAGAACGUAAACAAGUUGCAGAAGCAUGGGCAAAUGCCGUAAAAAUAACAAAACAACAUCUGAUGAUUCAAGUUGGCGGAGCACCUUUUCCUGAUGUUGUUGAACUUGCUAAACAUGCAGAAGGAUUAAAAGUGGAUUCUAUUCUUUGUCUACCCGAAUUAUACUUUAAGCCUACAGACACUAAAAAUUUAAUGAACUAUCUAAAGAAUGUUGGAGAAGCUGCGCCUAAUACUCCUCUGUUGUACUAUCAUAUUCCGAUGCUCACCAAUGUCAAUAUCCACAUGGGUGAGUUCUUAAAUCUAAUUGGAGAUGCAAUUCCAUCUUUUGUUGGGAUUAAAUUCACUAGUACAAAUCUUGAAGAAGGAGCUCAAGCAGUGCGAGCCAAUUCAAACCAAUUUGUUGUCUUUUUAGGAACUAAUUUGUUGAUAUCAGCUGGAUAUUCAGUAGGAAUAGAUUCAUUUAUUCCAACGAGCAUCAACAUGUUUCCGGGAGACGCAAUUAAAAUUUCGGAUGCAUCAAAACAAGGUGACGGCUUGAAAGCCACUGAAUUACAAGAAAAAUUAUCACAAGCUGUUAUUGCAAUAUCUAGACAUGGUAAUUGGGUGACCACAAUGAAAGCAGCAAUGGCGUUAUUGAACACGAUUGAUCUAGGUCCAGUUCGUCUUCCAAAUGAACCAAUUUCUCCAAAAAGUAUUGAAAUUAUGAAAAAGGAACUAAAAUCAUUGGGAUUUCAUUUAAAUGAAAAUACGAAUUAAUUCAAUAGUGAUCAUAAAUCGAAGUAAUGACAUUAAUAAAAAAUAAAAAUGCUUCAUUUUCAUGAUUUUUUGGAGUUGGAAAGAGAAUAAAGAGACAACUUAGUAAUUUGAUUCCAGAAUUGAGUCCUACGAAAAAAAAAUACAUCAAAAACCAUGUUUCUAAUAUUUUUUUUAAUACAAUUUCGAUUCUUAAUAUGGCGCAGAUAAGUCUCAUAAACUUUUCCAGAUAAUAACUACUGGAAGUGCAAAGUGCUAUGUAUAUUUAAUUAAUCUUUGAACACGUAAAUAUAGAAAUUUAUUCAUAAACUUUUAUGUUUAUGUUGCUUCCAACUAAAUAUAUUGUUACGUCCGAGUUA